UUCCCCUUCAUUAGAUUCGUACACACAUAAGUGAAAUGUUAAAAGAGCCACUAUUACUAUAAAUUACUGUGUCCAGACACCAGCAGUUGCAAAAUUCACCUUGCUGCUAUCUAUUGCCCUAGCAUUGCUGGCCUGUCACUUGACAAAAGUUGCUCUUUCCCUCCCCUGGCCUGUUGAUUUAAAGAACUUGCUUUAACUACUCAGUGCCUUGCUUGUCUUAGAGGCCUCCAGAGGAAAAAAAAAAUCACUUUUUGAUGUUCAGAGCUAGAAACCUCUUUACUCUAUUAGUCUGUGUGAGGUAAAAAUAAGAAAGAAUGAAAAAUAAGUAAAGGCUGAAAAUCUGUCUCAUGGCAGGUCACUGCUGUCAGAUCUUUGCAUUGUUGGUGCAGUACAAUGGCAGGAGCACUGGAUCAUUACAUGGGAGCUCUGUGGCUUUUCCCUAGACAUUUAUACAGUUAAGUGAGGCUGUAGGGCCCAGAAUAAUUUUUACCCUCUGUGCAACAUAAUUUGAGGGAAAAUUUUUCUUCUCCUGGUUAUGAGUAGUAUUUCCUUCUUGGUGCUGGGUACAGAAGGGCAUCUAUGGCAUUAAUGCUUCUGUUCUGCAAUGCAGUAUUGUAUUCAAGAGUUAGAGCUUAGGUAAGAUGGAGGCAGUAUCUGCUGCUCUCUCUUCUCCACUCUCUGCCUUAAUGUCACUCUGAAAUGGGACAUGUCCUGCUGCUCUGUGCAUGUCCUGUCUGGGACCAAAAGGUUGGUCAAAGCCAGGGUGAGAGGAAGUAACAAAUCAUGGUGUUUGCUGGCUCUCCCAUCUAUUGAUCAACUGUGACUUUUAUCAGGGACCUGCAUCUCUAAUUUCUCUGAUACUGAAUGCAGCCUGUGAGCCUGAGGCAGGCUGUGUGCAUCUCCUGUCUUUAAGAUGCUCUGCAAGUGUCUCUGACUGUACAGAGCUAAGUGAGCCCAUGUCCUGUGGUGUGCCCUGGCCUACAGCACAUCCCAGGUUUCUGUUUGGGGGUGGGGAAGGACCAUAUGUCUGCACUGUGUUUCUUCUGAACAACUGCAUUGGGAAGGGCUGGCAUCCAACAAUUACAGCAUCAGAAUCUAUUCACAUGGGAUGGCACAGGUUAAAUCAGGAGCUGAUACCUCAGCAUAUAUGGCAUACAUGCCAUACAGCAUGUACAUGUCUGUAUUGGUUAUGGGAUAUCCCAAAACCACAGAUGGUUUAGCAGCUGGGAUUGUUCCCUGAAUUCUAAUCCUGGAGGGGAGGCAGGAUGCAGUAAAGAACAAUAUGAGGAUAAACUAAUUUCCUGUGGGCAUUGAAAAAUACAGGUUCUUUUGGAGAACUAUGUAUCUGUAGAGGGAGAAGGAGUUUCAAGGGAGAAACAAGGACAUAGUACUCCCACAGCAACCUUUUUAAUCAGGUUCCCUAAGCAGGAGAUGAACAUGGACCUGAGCUGUGUGACGUAUUCCUAUGUGUCUGUGUUGGGGCCAAAAAGGAGCUGGUACCUAAGAGGCAGGGCUGAGGCUGUUCUUGCCACCUCUCCAAGAUGCAGCAAAGCAUGAAGGCAGGCAGAAUUGUAUGCUCUAACUUUGAUCAGCAGUGGCCCUUUAAGGCAGAGCAAGGCGUGCAGUGUGGACACUGCCCAGUCCAAACCCAGCAGCCACGUGAACUCUCCCCAGGUGGGCAGUGCCAGGCUGGCACAGCAAGGCCCCCUCACCCUCCCCAAUGACAGAGGGAGUCUGAUUGAACUUGCUGGCUCCCACUCACUCUGCCCCAAUUUUCCUCAGGACAAAUGAGAAGAACCUGUCUCCAAGUGCAAGAUUUUGGGAAUAUAUGUCAGAGAUGCCUGUCAGUAAAACAUCCGUCUUGCCCUAAUUUCUGCAUGGAGUGCUGCAAUGUCGAGUGAAAUAACCUUCCAAGCUGGCUCUGGUGCAGAGGAAGUAAUACGCAAUGAGAAAACUCUCAUCAUCUGUGCAUCAGGGAGAGAAUUACUGACUGAGUGCUGAGCAGUCAAGUUAUUGAUUCAAACCAAAGCCCAGUCUCUCUGUCUGCUGGGCUGGUUACAUCCUGCUGGUUCAUUGCAUUUAAUCGGAUUCCCUGAGCUGCCACGCAGAGGGGGUGAGUUAGAACCAGAUCCAUCUAUAAUGUUUGCUUCAAAAUCCAGUUCUGUCUCCCCUUCUCCGUCCAUGGAACAGGCAGACUCGGAUGCUCUGGACAUCAGCACCAAAGUGCAGCUGUACGGUGUGCUCUGGAAGAGACCCUUUGGGAGGCAGUCAGCCAAAUGGUCCAGGAGGUUCUUCAUCAUUAAGGAAAGCUUCCUGCUGUACUAUGCUGAGAGUGAGAAGAAGAGUUUUGAAAGCAAUAAAUAUUUCAAUAUCCAUCCAAAGGGUGUCAUACCCCUGGGAGGCUGCAUUGUGGAGCCCAAAGAAGAGGCCAACAUGCCUUAUGCCAUAAAGAUCUCUCAUGAAGACUUCCAUGGUAACAUUGUUCUAGCAGCUGAAUCAGAGUUUGAGCAGGCUCAGUGGCUGGAGAUGCUACAGGAGUCUGGAAAAGUGACCUGGAAGAAUGCCCAGCUGGGAGAAGCCAUGAUCGAGAGCCUGGAAGCUCAAGGACUACAGCUGGCCAAGGAGAAACAGGAAUAUUUAGAUAAACUAAUGGAAGAAACAGAGGAGCUAUGUCUGCAGAGGGAGCAAAAAGAGGAACUGGAGCGUCUGAACCAGAUCCUGGAAGCAGAGAAGCAGCGCUUUGAGGAGGUGGUGCGGGAGCUGCGUCUGGAGCAGGAGGAGAUCCGGCGGGAGCUGGAGCUCACAGCCCGCUCCCUCAAAGGAGUGGAGGAAGAGAAGAAAGAGUUGAGAAGCCUGACAGAGUCCUUACAGAACACCCUGGAGGAGCUCUCCCUGGAAAAACAACAAAUGCUGGAGAUGCUGGAAGAAAAUGAGAGCCAGGUCCCACCUCCAACCAGCCCCAGCAAGGAGCAAAGCCCCAUCUGGGGACUGCACUGCAGCCUGCGACAGAUUGAGGAGAAGAUGCAGCAACUUCUGCAGGAGAAACUCCUGGCAGAGAAAAGGAUGAAGGAGAAUGAGGAGCGGUCUCGAGCACUGGAGGAGGAGCGCGAGUUUUACUCUUCCCAGUCGCAGGCGCUGCAGAACUCGCUCUUGGAGCUGACUGCAGAGAAACAGCAGGCAGAGAGAGACCUCAAGGCUGAAGUGAAGGUACGCAUGGAUCUGGAGAAGAGACUGAGAGAGGCUGAGGAAGCCUUGCAGAGCUUGGAGCAAGGCUUAAAUUCCCUGAAUUGCAACAAGGAGAAAGAGAAGAAGAUGAAAGCAGAUGUCAGUAACUUGAGAAAGUUCUUUGAAGAGUGCAUCCGCAAUGCUGAGCUGGAGGCCAAGAUGCCCGUGAUCAUGAAGAACUCUGUGUACAUCCACAAGGCUGCCACUCGCCGCAUAAAGAGCUGCCGCUUCCGCUGCCGGAGAACCAGCGCCUCCUGGAAUGACAUGAAACAGUCACAGUCCUUCAUGUUCUCACCUGCAGAAGCUGAAAAUAUUGAAGAGCUGAAAGAAGCAGCCAAAAGACUGAGCCGGGACCAGCGCUUUAGGAAAACUAUCUAUCAAAUCAUGAGGUCACAAAAGGAUUCUGCUUCAGGGGACAAAAAGUGACUCUUCCUGGGAGGGGGGCUUCUGAGAUCAACCUGCCAUUCAGCUCUGCAAAAGUUACAGCCUUGGGCACUAGGCUCAGAAGGGAGAUCUGGCAUUUGGUGGGCAAGGUGGGGGAGAAUUGUGUGUAGGAAAUCCCUUGAGUUACUGGCUUUGCUUUAGUUUGAGUGCUCCCUGCAGUCUGGCAGACCUUCUCUGCUGAUCUCUCCAAACCUGUUUGCUUCAGCUGCUUACACUAAGCCAUGUUUGGCCAACAUGCCACAGUCGGUGUUCAAGUGAACCAGAGACCGUAGCUUAGGAAGUGCCUCUCCUUUCCUUUCCUUCCCUGUCUGGUCUGUCUGCCAAACACAAGUGCUUCUGAGGAAACCUUUAGCAGCCUAUGUUCCAGCUAUAUAAUCUCCUCAGCUGAACACAGCUCACCCUAUUCUGCCUGAUCCCCUCUAGGAGCUGCACACCCUCAGUAAAUCAGCACUUCGGUGGGGGACGUGUCCUGAAGACUGCAGCAGUCCCACCCUUCCAAGCACAGGCAAAAGUAUCAAACACAGGGCCAAACUUUUUGUCUUGAUGCCACAUAAUUUCGAGCAAACGGCAACAACACAAGGUGACGACAACAGGAGGAUGCUGUGGAUUUGGGUCCAAGGAGGAUCAUGUACAGAGAAGAGUUUAUAGGUAACUCAAUGGCAUCCAUGCGAGCUGGAGGGAGGGUUCUGUUGUGUUGAUGGUGGGCAGAACAUUCCAGGGCCACCUUUGCACAUUUUUUUGCACUGCAACAUCUAGCUGUGUCAGAACUAGGGAAUGUAUUAGCUCUUGGCUAUCUAUUCCUCAGUGUGAAGAAGCCUUUGACUCAGUUUUGAUGGCUUCCUCAACACCUCACUUGUAAGGUGAGUUGGAGGGCAGGAGGGUGAAGACUGUCCAGCAACAAAACCCACUGCCACUUCAGGCAAGCUGCAAGGGCUGUGGAAGAGGAGUCCAGGAGAGGAGUCACUUUGUUGUGGAACCCCUUGCAGCCUCCCCCACCUAUUUUAAGCAAGCAGUUGGCUAAUAAUUACCCAUGCUGUAGAAGCAGCACUGCCUGGUGCUUACAGACCACAGGAUAAGCAUGCUCAGAGUGACACCCUGUUUUCUCCUGCGUAUUAAUUGGGAAAUUAAGAAAUAGACAAUACAAAGGUGAAUAAAGUAAGCAGCAGAAGUACAGUUAGGGGUUAGGGGGUGAUAAAGUACAGGUUUACUGUACCUUUCAUGGCAUCAGGACCCCUGGGUAUUAUGUAUGUCCAGUGACACACAGGUGGUUGCUUGCUACUGUCCCAUCCAGACUGUGACAGUGUCCACUUAUAGCCUUUGGCUUCUGGCCACCUACAUAAUUCCCUACCAGUUUAGUGUUGUUCCUAGGGAGAAGUCAAGGAUGAGGCUGGGAAGCAAGCCUUGGCUUACCAGCCAGAGGAGAGUGAUUAAAGCUGAUUGGAGGAACAUCCUGUGACAGUGUGAUGCUCCUGGAUGGAAUCACUCUAGUGUGACCAGAGGAAAAGCUUUGAAAACACAGCCUGCACUUCCCAUUUCAGUCAGUUACUGAGCAGUAUCCUUCUGCCAGGCAUUGGGAGGUUUCAUCCAAUAAGAGGAUCCAGCUCUGAAGGAGGAUGUUUUUGUGAUAAUAAGUGAUACGGUAGGAGAAGAUUGUUUCCAUCCUUCCUUAGCAUACCUGAUCCUUCUGUGGUUUAUCUACUUGUGUUUAUAUGCUAGAAAGCCACAAAUAAAUUCUUGCUCCUACAAGGCUGAAGGGCUGUGAUAAAGAAGCAAUACAGAAAUAGUUUUUUUCCUUGAUGCUGCUCCCAGAUAAUCUCUGGCUAUUUUCCAGUUACAAGGUCUAUAUUAGGUGAUACUGGAAGGAACAUAAUAAAGGAUAGCUAGGGAAUGCAUCUGUAAUUCAGGCAGUUAGAAAAAUCACCCUGUGGCCUGUGAAUACAGCAUUUUUGUUCUAUUACCAUCAAAGCCACAAUCUCUGAUUCUUCAGAAGUAUUGUAUGCAGGAGGUAGUCACAUCAGGUACAUCAGGUCUUCCUUUACUGUGCAUAUUGACAGCAAUAAGUAAAUAAA